AUGGUUUUGCUUGUACUUCUCCUGUUAGCUCUUCCAUUCCUUCUUUCAUUUCUUCUCCGAAAACUCAAAACCAAAAGAAAUCUUCAUUUGCCACCUGGUCCAAAGGGUCUUCCAUUCAUAGGCAACUUGCAUCAAUUUGAUAGCUUAAACCCUCAUUCCUACUUAUGGCAACUUUCUCAAAAACAUGGUCCUGUAAUGUCGUUGCGUCUAGGUUUUGUCCCAAUCCUCGUAGUUUCCUCUGCCAAAAUGGCUGAAGCAGUCAUGAAAACCCAUGAUCUUAUAUUCUGUAGCAGGCCUGCUUUAGUUGGCCAGCAAAGGUUGUCGUACAAUGGUUUAGACUUGGCUUUUUCACCUUAUAAUGCUUAUUGGAGAGAGAUAAGAAAAAUUUGUAUGGUUUAUCUCUUCAACUCUAAUAGAGUGCAAAGUUUCCGUCCCAUUAGAGAAUUUGAACUUUCCCAUAUGCUUGAAAAGAUCUCCAAAUCAGCCGUUGCCUCGAAACCUGUAAACUUGUCUGAAGCCAUGAUGUCGCUUACAAGUACUAUAAUUUGUAGGGUUGCUUUCGGGAAGAGGUACGAGGAAGAUGGGGUUGGAAGGAGUAGAUUUCAAGAGUUGCUGAAAGAAGCUCAGGCCUUGUUUAUGUGUUUUUUUGUUGCAGAUUACUUUCCUUUCUCGGGUUUUAUUGAUAAGUUCUUGGGUUUUUUUGUUACAGAUUACUCACCUACUGAAAGGCCUACUGAUCUCUCUUGGUGUGUCACAUUGAAGUGGACUGCCACUUUAUUCGCAAUGAAAUCUAUUGUGCAACAUUCGCACUCUCUACGUCCGCAAUUCGGUGCAACUAACUAA